AUGCUGAUCCUACCGCCCAAGCCUGCUAUGAUCACGCAUCCGCACGCCACCCGCUGCUUCCUGCUCGCCGUCGGCACGGUCGCGGCGCUCGGCCUCCUCCUCGUGGCUCAGCCUCCGUUGCAGCCGGCACUGUCGCUUGUGCACGGCGAGAGCGCCGCACGCACCGAGGGCGCCACGCACCCCGAGACCGCCGAGAGCGCUGACGGCUGCAUCGGCAACGCCAGCGGCUACGCGUGCGAGCCCACCUUCUUCAUCUACGGCGCGAGCAAGUGCGCGACCUCGUCGAUCGCGCAGUACCUCGUGACGCCCGCCGACACCGCCGCGCCGACGCAGCCGGCCGCCGCCCUCCCCUUAUCCACCGAUCUCGGCGUGAACCUGAGGAAGCUGGAGCUGUGGCGCAAGCGCGGCGGCGGCGACCUGGAGCCGGUCCUCGCGAGCGGCGCCGUCGCCCUCCUCGACGCGCAGUGGAUCAUCAGCCACGCCGAGGCGGGCGGCGUCCUCGCCCACCGCCAGGCUCUGCCCAAAGAGGCCUUCCUCCCCCUCGCCGACCUCGUCGAGGCGACCAACUUCCGCAACGAGUAUGACCUUCCCGUCGCCGCGCUCUCCCUCCCGUGGCUGAUUAGCUCCGAGAGGUUUGGUCGGUGUGGAGCGGAGCCCGUAUUGUACGAGUAG